CCCACGUCUGCUCGCGAGACUAACCCAGACCCACACACUAGUUGGGCGUGGCCCGACCGUCUCCCUGCCACACACAAGAUCUAUUGAAGGAAAAUGGAUGCUCAAACACGGAAACUUAGCAGAUUCUAUUCAUUUCCCGCAUACAAACGAAGAAGCAGUUCUAUUGAUACUGAAUUGGAUGAAGCUGAUUUCUUCACAGCCAACGAGGUCUUCCCAGUGAGUGUGCCUUUGAACAAAGUGCAGAUUGGAUCCAUCACUUACUCUCCUAGUGGUUGGAAUGAUGUAGAAGUUUUAUACGAAUUGGAGUCAUCGGACAUUCUGAUCCGAUCGAAUAUCGAAGGAGAUAAUGGUGAACCUCCCGGCGUUUAUAGAAUUAGCGGCGUCUCGGCUGCAGAUCUCUCACUGUAUUGCAUUGUACCAGGUUCUCUAGAAAGUAUGGUGUCUAGGCUCAUUCUUGAAUUGGAAAAUGAUAUUGUCUUUAAACCCACUGUACAAGCAAGCUUGUCAGAGGACGAACCCUAUGAAAACGGAAACCACAGCUUGAAGAGCCGUGUCGUAAAGUUGUUCGCAUCAGCACACGAAGCUGGGCACUUUAGAGACAUUCUCCUGUUUCUGAAAUGUGAGAACAUAGCUGACCUAAAUCCCGAGCUUGCUUCUCAUGUACAUGCAGCUAAGAAAAGUGAAAAUGUGAAAUCUCCAAAGCUAACUUUUCUGGAUUUUCUUCCAAUCUGGGUGCUUUAUAUCCCAUGGUGGGUGUAUUCAAAGAAUGCAAGAACUGUUCUACAGCGACUCAUGCUUAUGUACUACAUAUUUUCAGUUAUAUGGGCAUUUUGGCAGCUUUAUCGGCAUGUGCAUGUCAUUCACGUGGUUCUUGAACCUGUCAUAGAAGCACUCAAGAUACAUCUUGCUUUUGUGAUUGAGUAUUUCGACUGGUUUUUAUUGUUUUUCACUCGUCUUUGGCACAAAUAUCUGAGUCCACUUAACGUCCUCACUGGUCUCUUGCUAGCUCCCAUUGUUCAGGCAAUCCUUCACUUGAAAACUUUUGCAACACCUGUUAUUACUGUUGUGAGUCAAUGUCUGACAAGUUCUACAGUAGUCACAUCUCUCAAAGCCUUGAUUUCUUUAUUUUAUCGGCUGGGUAUUGCAGGUGGCAGUUCUGUAUGGACUGUUAUUAUUUUUCUCGUCAGACCUUUUGGUGGCGUUUGGAAGGCCAUAUUGAAUGCACGAAUAGCAGUAGGCACACUGGAUUUUCAACGACUUCAACUGAGCUGGAUUUUUGGUAUUGUCGCUGGCAGUUUGAAGUCUAUCGGUAAUGGUUUUGCUAAGUUGGUCGGUUACACUCACACAACAAAAAAGAGAAGGCAAGCAAUUUCAAAGCACGAAACAUCCUUGUCCUCCACACCUGACCCAAAACUCAGACAACGAAGAAUGCCCAUGUACUAUAACUCACCAUUAUCAAAGUAAAAAUUGUUCAUCAUUAUAUAUAUAUAUAUAACUGUUAGUUCAUGUAUCCAUUAUUGUUUUAUUUUAUUCGUUGUCAAUUGGCAAUUCUA